UUUCUCUUCCUACCUUAACGACCACACUUACCGGGUAACUUGGAGAGGAUCUGUGUCUGAUCCUUGACCUCUCACUACUGGGGUUCCUCAAGGCUCCGUCCUGGGUCCCCUGCUCUUCUCUCUGUACACAAAUUCUCUCGGCUCUGUCAUUCGUUCGCAUGGCUUCUCCUACCAUAGCUAUGCCGAUGACACCCAACUGAUCUUCUCAUUUCCACCGGCCGAAACACGGGUGGCGGCGCGAAUCUCUGCCUCUCUGACCGACAUCUCUCAGUGGAUGUCUGCUCACCACCUGAAGAUCAACCCUGACAAGACUGAGCUACUAUUCCUUCCAGGGAAAGGCUCCCCCACCCAUGACCUGACUACCACCUUCAACAGCUCUGUAUUGGCCCCUACCCUGACUGCCAGGAACCUCGGGGUGACACUAGACAGUCAACUCUCCCUGACGGCCAACAUCGCUGCGACGACGCGUUCCUGUAGGUACAUGCUGCACAUCAGGAGAAUACGGCCUCUUCUUACUCAGAAGGCGGCACAGGUUCUGGUCCAGGCUCUGGUCAUUUCACGCCUUGACUACUGCAACUCCCUCCUGGCUGGUCUACCUGCUAAGGCCAUCCGACCUCUGCAGCUCAUCCAGAAUGCAGCAGCUCGACUGGUCUUCAGUCUCCCGAAAUUCACCCACACCACUCCGCUCCUUCGAUCUCUCCACUGGUUACCGGUGGCUGCCCGCAUCCGCUUCAAAACACUGGUUCUGGCGUACCGUGCUCUAAACGGAUCGGGCCCCGUCUACAUCCGGGAUGUGGUCACACCUCACACCCCGGCACGUUCGCUCCGCUCGGCAACAGCCAACCGACUCCUGCAUUUCGAGCUCAUCACUCUACAUCCAGACUGUUUGCUGUCCUGGCUCCUCAGUGGUGGAAUGAGCUCCCCACUGACAUCAGGACAGCAGAAAGUCUCUACAUCUUCCGCCUGAGACUGAAAACACAUCUUUUUCGACUAUCUGGAUUAAAACACAGAGUUGCAUUUCAGUGGCACUGGGAUGGCACUUAUUGUGGUGCUUUUGUGGUUUGACUGAGUUGAGGAAGUGCUGCUUCCUGUGUUCUUGUUGUUCUUGGUUUGUACUCUAGGUUGAAUGCACUUAUUGUAAGUCGCUUUGGAUAAAAGUGUCUGCUAAAUGACAUGUAAUGUAAUGAAAAGUGAUAUUCACUGCAGGUUUCCCUUUCAUAUAGAGGGCCACGUUUGCAUCUGUCCUGAUACUCUGUAACAUUACAUAACACCACUGGACCGGUUCAGAGCCGAUAUAGGAUGGACUAUGGGCAUUGAGACCUGACCUCGGGACCUUAGUAUGCCUACACUUUGCAGUCCCCAUUGUUUUAGCGGUCUGAUGACACCCUACGGCUGUGUGUGUUAUCUUAAUUAUGUGUGAUCAAGGUUUAAAGUUCACCUAAACUGAUCAAAGCCUGCAACUCUUUAUAGGUGCAAUUCACCUUUUUAAAACUAAUAUCAAAUAUUGAAUAACCACUGUUCUCACUCACCUUAGCUCACCUCACUUCUGAAGCGAUGACUUAGUACUUCUCUUUAAGUGCUCUAGAUUAAAAGCCUUGAGGCUGCCUGCCGAAGGCAAGAACCACAGUUGCAUUGACUUUCUUGAUAUUAGCAUCAGGAAAACAUUUCAGUGUCCCGAGCCCGAGCUGUAAGCUGUCUUGUGUGCUCAUUAGAAAAUGUCCGUUGUCUAACACGCUAAACGCAGAUGGUGACCAGGAAACCUGCUGAGUGUGAUGAGCAUGCUGGCAUGCCAACGUUAACAUUUAGUUUAAAGCACAUCCUCACAGAGUGUCUUUCAUAGCUGUGGACGCUCAGGACUCAUGGUCUAAAAAGCCAACUCCACAUGUCCAACUCCACUUUUGAAUGGUAAAUGGCACCUGCACCUGGGUCGUUGCUAUUUAAUUGGCAAAUUCUUAAAAA